AUGCCAAGGGGAGAGAACAGGUCGAGUGUCUUGUUAUCUCGAGAGGAGAAUGAGCAGGUGUUCAGCUUGAUUGGACCAAAAUGUCAGAUGGAAAAUGAUACAAUCAAUUACAUGAAAUUUAAAAUGGGCUUUAGUCAAAGGAUACUUUUGGCAGAUAAGGCAGUGCCCUCUAAACUUAAAUGUCAAGUGGAACGCAAAAGAAGGCUAUCUGCUGCAGGACCUUCUCCAGAAGCAUCAGCUAAGAGGCAAAGAAUUGAUCUUGUCACAGACUGUCUAAGUGCUACUGGAAUGAACACUGAAAGCUCACAAAAUGAAAGAAAUUUGGACACUAUUGAGACUGAUGCAUCAACAAAGUCUCAAACAACCAAAGACAAAGGAACAAACACUGAACCUAUCUUAAAUGUUGAAAAAGCUGUUCAAGUUACUACAAAACAGAAAGUAUAUUAUCGGAGCAAAGCUGUGCAAACAAAAUGUUCGAGUAAAAAUAUUUCUACUUCACCACUAAAAGUGUCAACUACAUCUCGUUUCACUUCGCCAUUUAAGAUCGAACCAUGUUAUCUUCAACCUUCACAGUCAGGAGCAAUUAAAGCAAGAAAGAGAAAUAUAGUCUCGCAGGAAGAAAAAUCUAGUAGUGAUAUUUCUUGUAUUGAAAGUGAUAAUUAUUCACCUUUUGUGGCUACAUCAUCACCAAAAAUUACUGACUCUGAUACAGAUAAUAUUGAAAAUAUUGAAAAAUUGCAGUACCUUAAACAUAAUAUGCACUUAAUCAAAAGAAAACCCUUAAUGUAUGUUGGUAUAACUAAAGAAUGUUAUUUUAUAGUUCAGAUGAUGCAUGAAGUGACCAACAUAAAAAUAGAACACAUUUUGCUAUGCUUAAAAAAAAUUAGACAAAAUAGCACAUUUUCUGAAUUAGAAGAUCAUUUUGGCGUAUCAAUAUCCUAUGCUAGUAAAAUAUUUCUAGCAAAUAUACCUAUUAUAAGUAGCAUUUUAAAACCAUUUAUUAGUCUGGCAACUGCUGUAGUCCAGUUGUUCACUACAGAGGAUCCUUCCCACUCGAAAUGGAAGAAGAAGGACACAGGCGUCCUUUGCCUGAUCAAGGACAAUGCCAAGAGAUCGUACUUCUUUCGAAUUUACUGCCUGUACCGAAGGGCUAUGAUAUGGGAACAAGAAGUAUAUCUUCAGAUCGAAUACAAAAACCCGAGGCCGUUUUUGCACACAUUCGAAGCUGAGGAAUACAUGGCGGCGUUCAAUUUCGCCAACGAAAAUGAAGCUGACAUCCUUAGGAACAUACUCCUUGAGAAAAUCGAACUCAGGAAGAUCAGACGAGAAGAGCGGAGGCAACGCCAAUCGAUAGGCGCGGGCGUGGCACGCAGCAGCGGGUCUGGGAACGGGGUCGCUCGGCACAAUGGCGCUGUGCAAGAGCUGGAACCGCCACCGCUGCCGCCCCAGCAGCCGCCGCCGCAGGCCCAGCCGCGUCCCUCGCCGUCCCCGCAGAUGUUCCCACCCAAAACCAACAACGCGCUCGGAACCUACACUCUGAAGAAUAACAAAAAACUAAAAAGAGGCAAACUAACAAAGGAAGAUAUUGGUAUGCCCUUGGACUUCAAACACGUAUCUCACGUCGGAUGGGACGCAAACAAAGGUUUCGACCUCGACAAAGCACCAAAUGCGGACGAACUCCGGUCUUUCUUCUCUAAAGCAGGAGUGUCUGAGAUACAGCUACAGGACCAGGAGACGAGAGAGUUUAUUUACGACUUCAUCGAGAGCCAUGGGGGACUUGACGCGGUGAAGGAAGAUUUGCAUAAUGUUAAGCUGGGCCUGCCCCCGCCGCCCGCGGCUGCGGCGCCGCCUGUGCCUUCGCGUGGAGCGGCCCCGCCCCACCCGCCGCACCCCCCAGCGCCACCGUCCCGCGCGCCGCCGCCGCCCCCCGCGCGCGCGCCCCCCGCACACCGCGCCGCGCCCCCUCGUCCUGCUCAACCCGCAUCGUCGGGGCCCCCGUCCGUGCCUCCGCCGCCCCCGCCGGGAGCGGCCCCACCGCCCCCGCCGCCUCCCGCGCCGGCUUCGACGGGAGCUCCACCUCCGCCGCCCCCUCCCGCGCCGCCCGCUCCUCCGCCCGCGCCGCUGGCCCCUCCCGCGCCUCCCGCUCCGCCCCCGAUGGACGCCGGGCCGGAUCCCAGAUCCGCGCUCAUGGAGAGUAUACGAAGCGGCAGCAAGACGUUGCGGCGAGUCGAAGCCGCGCCUAAGCCGGCGGCAGUGGAGGACGGCAGAAGUAAUCUGCUCAGCGAGAUCAGACAAGGCAUCGAGUUACGGCCGGUGUCCCGCUCGGACAGUAGUAGCGGAGGUCGCGGCGGGAGCGGAGGCGGGGGCGGGGGCGGGGGCGGGUCGGGGCUGGCCGAGGCGCUGCAGCGCGCGCUGGAGGAGCGCUCGCGCGCCAUCCACUCCGACUCCGACGACGACAUGUCCGACGCCACCACCAGCGACGGCGAGUGGGACGACUGA